AUGAGCCGGAGCUCCAGAGCAACUCACAGAGGGCCCCCAAUAAGCAGUAAAGGGCUCUCCUCUGGAAAGCUCGGUGGUCACUUCGCUGUACAAACGGCAAGCAGGCUGCCAGAUUGGGCAGUGCCAUCUGGUGCUCCUCGACGAAGUUCAGGAGUGGUUGGCACCAGCAGCAAAGUAACGCAGCCAUCAGAUAACAAUAGGGCAUCCUGCAGCAGCAGCAUCAAUGGCUGCGCGGAUCGCACGGCGCACAUCAGUUCGGGAUGCAUAGUGGGAGCCAAGACUUCCCUAGAGAAGAAAACCCCUCGCGCCUCUCGAAAAAGAGAACCUCAGCUGCAUCCCUUCACAGGUGUUAAUAUAAUGCAGGCUGUUGAGUGCCUAAAGGAAUCCGCCAGUGGCAACAACAGCAUGAACUUUCCACACCAAUUGCGCUCUAGCCAAAUUGAGGAUUCUCCGGCUUCACCUGCGAACAAGGUGCAGGAAGCUCAAACAACGACACUCUCUGGUAUUUCUGAUUCAGCAUGUCUUCCACAAGGCGCAGGCAGUAUGUCUGCCCGUCGCCUUCUCGGCUGCCGUGGAAAGAAAGAGUUAACAUCAGACUCAACAACAGCGCCGGAGGGCCUGCCGGACAGCUUCUCCCUCGGCGUGAUAUGCAUGGGUACAGCGUUUGCUCCGAACUUGCAGGAAGACUGCACGGUAAGGCAUUCUGCCAAAGGUAUGCCCAGAAGAAGCGAAAGAGGGGGCCCUGUCAGCACUCGCAAGAACUACGAUUUCGCUGAAACCCAGGAGAAACAAUAUAUGGGGAAGGGGGAAUUUGAAAGAAGUGGUCAGACGGUUUUGCCCAAAAUGCAUAGAGGCUCCACUUCGCUUAUUCUGUCCUUGCCAGCACAAGUUGAUCGCUCUGAAGCCCUGAGCGAGGGGCCUACUGAGGAUCAUGAAAGCACCCAAGAACUUCCGGUUGUUUCACUUACCAGCAGCAGCAGCCGUAGCAAGAUCCGUACUUCUGAGAACGUGAAUAAUUCUUACGUGGCACUUGCAGGCAGAGAUAGUAGCAACGGAAUAAGUGACAAAAGCAGCAGCAACGGCAACAGUAACCAGGACAGCAAUUAUUGCAAUAGCAGCAAUGGUAAUAGUUGCAGUCCUUGCACCAUCAGUAGGCUUUCCAGAGAGCUUCUGCUCAAGGAAUCUUCAGGAUUGUCUUUAGAAACUCGUGAACAGCUCGUCACAAGGGGCCAACAUGUUACAUCUGGUAUAACCCCCAGAGGUGAAGGAGUGGUAGGUGCGGCAGUGGCAGACAGCUUCGAGGAAGCCCUCUCCAUCCCAUCUACUACCGGAUAUCACAACACUUCGCCUGGCGCCCAUGGGUUGAAGGGCUGUAGAGCGCCCGCUCUGCCGUGGCGGGGAAGCAGCGCCGGCACCAUUAGCGGGGCGCACAGUAUCAAAGAACACAAGCAGCGCAGCCACAGCACGAGCAGUAGCAACAGCAGCACUGAGAGCAAUGCUCCUGCAGAUGGAAGUAGCGGCAAUGCGCCGAAGGUAAAUGCACAGUACAUCGAUUCCAGGUCCAGCAAUUGCAGUGGCUGCAAUAACAACGGCGACAGCAGCGGCUGUGGCAAAUACCAGACUAACAGCCCCACUGACGCUCUUGCCAGCGCCCGCGAGAGGGCGCCGCCUUCAACGGAAACGCUUAGAGGGCUUCCGAAGGAAUCAGCAACACAAAUUCCUAGAAAACGAGCAGGACGUAUGAAAGGCAGCUGUGAACAGAGUCCCUCAGCUUGCUUAGGAGGUUGGAAAGGACACCAGAGUUGUAGAGGUGUAAGGGUUCCGAGAAGGGGGGCUGCAUUUGGAGUUGCAGCGGUAAGGAUGCUUUCAGCACUGGGUGCUCCCGGCACGAUAUUUCGUCCAGACAGAACAGACCAAGAUGGCGACGAGUCACCUGUCAGCAAUCAGAGCAACACUGAGACUGACGCGGUACUGAAAAAGGAUGGUGCCUCCGUGCCUCAACGAAUAGGCACGUCAAACAGACCGUCGGCUUCUUUGGGAUCUGCUUAUGAGUAA